UCUCUCUCUCUCUCGCUCUCGCUCGCUCGCUGUACAUCUCUUCGCGGCCUGUCUUCUUUCCCCCCAUCUGCGACUCUCUAUCUCUUCUUCCAAAACCCUUUUUGGUUCCUUCUCCAUUUUUUCUCCAAGAUCGCUUCUUUUCGUUCUUUCUCUGCUGCUGUUUCCUCUCCAAAAUCCAAUCUUUCCUCUCAUUCUUCAUCUUUCCGUGCUGGAUCAUCUCAGUAGCUGGAGGAGUAGAUUGAGUGAUGGGGAAGGACACGAGAAAGGCCAAGAUCACUGGAGAGGUGGCGGUCAUGGAGGUUCCCAACCAGUCUUCUGUGGGGGUCCGCACCCGGGCCAAAACCCUAGCCCUCCAGCGCCUCCAGCCGACGGCGGACCCAGCCUCCUACCUCGAACUCCGAAGCCGCCGCCUCGAGAAGCCCUUCGUCGCCACCGCCGCUAGGGCUAAGGAGGCCUGCAAGGAGAAACCGAAUGCUAACCCGAAAUCCAGCCCUAACGCUAGCUCCAAAGGAAGCACCACCCCUGGCGGCCAGCUGGCGGAGGGCCCGGUGAAUUCGGGCUCGGCGGGGUCGGUCUCGGUGAGGAGCUGCUGCUCGAAGAAGGGAGAUGCCUCGCCGGAGAUCGAAGUGUCCUCUAGGGAUAAUUUUCUCGAGCCCGAAUCUGGAAGGAACGCCAGAGAGACCACACCUUGCAAUUUGAUAAGGGAACCUGAAUCUAUAGAGACCCCCAGUUCUACAAACAAACCAACCAAAUCAACCGCCAACAGCAGGAGGGCAAGGAACUCAACGGGCAGAGACACCCUGGCUGCCCUUGAAAUGGAAGAAUUUUUUGCUGGAGCUGAGCAACCCCAACAAAGACAAUUUGCAGAGAAGUAUAAUUAUGAUCCAGUGACUGAUCAGCCACUCCCUGGCCGAUAUGAAUGGAUGAAACUGGACUAAUGGACGUGGACGCUGAUCCUUUGUCUUCAACUUCCCUUUCAUCCAUGCCUGGAACUUUCAAAGGCAGAUGUGAAGAAGAAACGAAGUGCAAGGAGAAUAGUUCUUAGUCUUAAUUUCUGUAACAGAUGAAAUUUAUGUGCUAGAACUAGAAGGGGACCAAAAUGGAAAAAAGAAAAAAAUACAGAUAAAUCCAAAACCUUUCUAACAUAACAUUUAGGGGCUGACAGGGCUCCAUCAACUUUUCAGUUUUUCUGAUAACACCAGAUAUGUAUCAGACUCUUCUGGUUUCGUGGGGUACAUAGGGGAUUGUGCCUUCAUUUGUAUCAUGUGCAUACAGGAACUGUUGAAACUGGAUGUCUUUUUAGAAAUAAUAUGGCCCCAUUUACCCCU